AUAAUAUUUAUAUUUAAAAGUCAUAAUUUCAUAGAAUUUUGACGUUUAAAAUAACACUUGCACAGUCUGGGCUAUCAAAAUCGCUGCCAACUUAGCUUGCUUGGGUUUACUCUACAAAUAAUUUUUAUUACAUUAGCUCAAUGGUGUAUUUUGAGCAUCAGACUUGGGACCAAUUAUAUAUACCUACAUAUUAAAUUCCGCUACCUAAAGAUUGUCUGGAAGAAAUCGCUUUUUAGCGAUAAGACCGCCCGUUAUUUACCUCUUCUUAAUAUGCUAUAUUCUUUGUAUUGUUUCUGUAUUGAGGUGUGCAAUAAAGAGUAUUUGUACUGUAUUGUAUUGUACAUUCUUAAAAUAAAUAAAUAUUUUAUUUGAAAAACUUUAUUUCUAUAAUCGAAGUCUUGAAUCUUAAUAUUAAAUGUCACUUAUGAUUGAACUAGCUUCAGUAGAACCAGAAAAACUACCUAGAAAGAAUAUCUUCAUCUGAAUUGAAUGUUCUUGAAUCUGAUAUGUGGGUUAAAAAAAUCUUGCAUAACAUUUGAUGUCAUUUACUAAAUGGUAUUAUAUUCUAGAUACUCUACUUUUACUCAAUCCUAAAACUAUUUGUACAUUAUUAUUAUGCAUAAAAUGGCCAAGUAUCAACACUGUUUGACAAAUACUUUAAGAUCAUGAAUGACCUGUAUAUUUAUGAAAAUUAAUACAUUUUGUAUGAAUCGGGUCGGUAAUUAAUUACUAUAAUAGGAAAUAUUUAAUAUUUAACACAGCAUAAAUACCCAUCAUAGCGGAAACACGUUCCGUGACUCUUUUAAAGUUGAUAGUGAAGCUCUUAGCUGCUUUUCCCGCUGACGAAACAGAAAGAUAUUAAAAUGUAAUUUCCCUUUUUGAACUAUGUACGAUUUUACCUGGUUUUGACAUUAUUUUAUACAUAAACCUUGCUGUUUUUAAAAAUAAAAAUACACAAUGGCAUAUUAAACGACAGAAGUAUGGAAGGUAGAGGCAAGGAACAGAAUCUCCAUAGGCAGAACGGGUAUAUAUGGGUUUUUGUCGGACACUUUUUGGUAUAUGGAGAUUCUGUUCCUUGCCUCUAACUUCCAUAGUCUAACUCAAUGUAGGACAUAUUAUAGCAAGAUAUAUAUUAGGCAUAACCUUUUUGGUUUCAAGCUAACGAAUCAUUUUAAAAGCACCUUUACAGGGCAACGUCAACUUCUAGCGUUUAUGAAAUAUUCUUUUUCACAUAAGCAUUUAUUGUAGUAUUUAUUUACCUGUUUAUUUACUGCUGUUUAUCCAAGAUAUACGAGCUGUUAGAGUAACAGUUAUUGUGUUAUAUUCGUCGGUAUGUGGUGGCAGGCGACGGUGUCGGCGCUGGCCGCUGUUGUUGUCGCGCAACAGUUUAAUAUGAAUGAUGAAAGUGAUUACGUCGACGAUGCCGACGAAGGCGAUCCAAGCAGCAAAUCCAUUUGGGUGUCUGAAAUUGUUGUCUCCACGGAGGGAGCGAGAACAACUGAUAUGCAUGGUGAAGUAGAAAAGCUGCUAGGGCAGCCUAUAAUCCACUAUGAAGAACCUGUCACCAUUGUGAUACCCACCGACGAGUCCACGAGAGGCCCAACGAGGUCUGCGAGUCCCAGCAGACACCAAACGAGUGCCAGCCGGCCAAGUCGGCGGUCUAACAUGCACUGGACCGACCUAGGAGUCUUAAGCCUCAGCACUAUCAAGGCAAUGAAAUCGAAGACACGACGAGGGAGACAUAGAACGAGCGAGGUCAUCUACAGCGUGCACGUCCCUCAGUGGGACGAUAACCCGCGAGUUGGGCAGAAAUUCCGUCCAGGCGUGAUCGAGAGCCUCGUCAAAGCUCACGAUGUCAUCCGCUACGAAGCCCCCCGCAACCCCCCUAAACCGUACCACGGUUCCACACGAACGUACGAAGUCCCGACGGUGGUUAAUCAGACGGCGUACAAUGAAGGGGGGUUUCGAACUACGCAAAAUGAAGAAAAUCUAAAAGUUCUGCCGCUGGCUUCUACCGACGGGAGACGAUACUUAUUGACUGUGCCCGGGGCGCACCUGACGGCGACGCCGAGACCUCGGCGCCCCACGCCUAUCACCGAGCCCCUCGUGUUCAGCUACCUUUUCACUCGGAGGACGAACCGACACCCGAACUGCACGGACUCCUACUACGAAUGCCUCAACAAGUGCUUCGACCGGAAAGGAUACAAAGUGAAAUGCCCCUGGUACACCACCAAGCCGCGCCCGGAGCCGGCGCGGGUGAACUUCACCGGGUUAUUCUUUGCCAUACACAGGGAGGACCGGUGGACAGAUUACGACGUAUCCAAUCUCUUUAAAAGCUUUAGCGCUAAACUUAUAGAGUUGAAGUACCGCGAAUGCAGAACGUUCACCACCCGCACUACCACGACUGUAAAGAUCUACCCUAUUUACUACGAUCAGCUGAUAAGCCCCAAGACAGGGCGAAUCGUGGCUAAGUGCUGGGUGUGCGGGCUUAUGGAAUCCGGCAUCCCUGAGAACGCGCACUGCGCGGAGAACUUCGGUAGCAACCCCAGCAGCGUAGCCCUGGCGGAGAAGAACUCCUACAGGCGGUAUUGCCGGUUUAUGGACGAAGUUCCACUAUGGUUCAACCGUUCAGACCCGCUGUCUGUGUUUGGCGAGUGGACGGGCGGGUGCUCGAAACGCUGGCUGGACUUGUCCGGGCUGUACACGCAGCGCACGUGUCGCAGCCUGACCACCCCCGCCGUCGGACACCACUUUCUAAGCAAGAGGAUGGCCAGGCUCGAACUGGCUCUGAGGGACGUCAAGGAAGGCUGCGUGACGAGUCCCAUGGCUACGCUCGUCCCUUUCUCCCGUGCGGUCUCGCUCUUCGCCCGCUUCCACGUUUGCGUCUGCAGAGGCCACUUUUGCAACCUGGCGUCCCGCAAGGCGCUAUCAUUGGGCUUGACUAUGUUGUGCUUGGUAGUAAAAGUACUCGGGUUUUAGCUCCAGGAAACCCACAGGGACUUCAUUUUAGACCUGAUUUAUCUAUUUUAUACCUGUCCUGUACUUGUAAACACACUAGUUACUUGUGUUUCUGCAAUCAGGCAAUUCGCAUACUUUGUAUACCUAUUUUAAGUGUGUGAAUAGUUGGCGUGAUAAGAGGAUUUCAGUGAUUGCUGCUGUCUUGAAAGGAUCCGCAUUUCCUUUCCUUUAAUGUGUUCGUUGCUCGCUUCCGCGUUUGUGCCUGCCUCUUUGGUAACCUGAGGGCCUACCGCGAACCACGUUCGACAUGUUGCCUCCCUAUCACACUUACGUACGAAUUUACAAGAGCGACAGAGAGGCAACACGUCGAACGUGGUUCGCGGUAGGUACUCUGGCGUCUAUUACUAUCAUUGGGUCUGAUUUGUUAUUCUCUUAACGGCAAUUUGUUUAAUAAGAGGACUCAAGUCUUCGCUGAACUCGGCAAGAAGCUCACUUUGGUACAUUUGUUUUGACUCUCCAAGAUAAAACCAGUAUUGCAAUGGAAAUGAAAAGCCUAUGGCCUGACGAUGUUGUUGGGUACGAGGCAAAUAUCAGCUGCAAUAAAUCCUUUCCUCUUAUGCUGCCGCGCUCUACCUACUCUUAAUUUUUACGACUGUGCUUUUUAAUUUCUAGGACUCUAUCAGGCGUUCAGCAGGAAACUAUAUUUGAUUCCUCUGAUCUUUCUCCUUAACAUCCUAUUCUAAAGCGAGGCGUGGACGAGCAAGAACGUGCUUGCAAUUUACGUUAUAUUGCCGAUUGCUAUGGUAAACUGUUUUCAAAAGUUUGAUCAUACCGCAAUGUGAUGAAAAUUGCAUGCAAGUUCUUGCUAGUCUAAACCUCGCUUUAGGAUUGAAUUAUUUAGUUACUGAGUUGGUGUAUAAUUUAGAUUUAUGUCUGUAUCUUACUUAAUUUAAUAAAUGUAUAUUUUAUAGAGUAAAUGUAUUUUUAGUGUUUACACUUGUAAUAUAAAUAUAUGGUACUUUUAAAAUGUAAGC